UGGUUUCUUUCAGUGUGAGUGUGUAGGCAGGUGCAAUCUCAUGGUUUAGCGGAAUUUUCUGUGUGACAUUCUCCAGAUAAAUUUUAAGCGUUUAUAAACUGCAAACAAGAAUAAGUGAAGAAAACUGUUUCACUGUAGAACUAAAGCAAUGGACCAGGAGCCAGCGAUGUGGAUAAAAAAAGAGGGAGCGGACGAAGUAAAAACAGAGUUAUACUUCAUGAAUCAGCAGACGCAGGCCUUAUUGGAUGCCCUUGGACAGCUCGUCCAGGGCAACGUGCAAUGCAAAACGAUGCGGCAGCCGCCGCUCCACCGCUACCGCAGCCGCAACACGCAGUUGCACCACCUUUUCGUCAGUUUGAUGCGGCAAUGGAAAGCUGGACGGAGUGGUCACGCCAAUUUGGAUUUCAUCUCGCCGCCUACAGAAUUCAAGGCCCAAGUUUACCCACUCAACAUGAAUAUAAAAGAAGAGUUGGAGGAGGAUGUGAAUAAAGAGUCCAUUGAAGAUCCAUUGGGAAUAUCGUGGUCCACUGAUUUUAUCAAGGAGGAUCCUGAAUUAAAUUUGGAAAUGAGUGUAACUGAGAAUAUUGUGGAAACCUCAACAAGAUAUGCAUCUGAUAGUACAAGAUUGACUCAGUGUACUAGUGGGAGCUGUGGCAUACCAUGUGAAGAAACUUGUCACCAUAGACUGGUCCAGGAUGUGUUGGUGAUAGACAUGAAGUCAACACAUAAGUUUGGUACCAAUACAGAAGAUAUGACAAUUCACACUGGAAAUAAAUCCCACAAAUGCGAGAUUUGUUCGAAAUCUUUUUCCAGCAGAAGCACUCUCAAUAGACACACUAUAAUUCACACUGGAAAAAAAUCCCACAAAUGCGAGAUUUGUGGGAAAUCUUUUGCUUUCCCAAGCCAUCUCAAGGAACAUGUGUUUCUUCACACUGGAAAGAAACCUCAUAAAUGUGAGCUUUGUGGACAAUCUUUUGCCAGCAGAAGCACUCUCAAUAGACACACAUUUAUUCACACUGGAAGAAAAUCCCACAAAUGCGAGAUUUGUGGGAAAUCUUUUGCCAGGACAAGCAAUCUCAAGGCACACAAAUUAAUUCACACUGGGAAGAAACGUCAUAAAUGUGAGAUUUGUGGGAAAUCUUGUGCUUUCUCAUGCAGUCUCAAGAAACAUAUGUUUCUUCACACUGGAAAGAAACCUCAUAAAUGUGGGAUUUGUGGGAAAUCUUUUGCUUACUCAUGUGAUCUCCAGAAUCAUGUGUUUCUUCACACUGGAAAGAAACCUCAUAAAUGUGAGAUUUGUGGGAAAUCUUUUGCUUUCUCAAACGGUCUCAAGAAACAUGUAUUACUUCACACUGGAAAGAAACCUCACAAAUGUGAGAUUCGUGGGAAAUCUUCCGCUAGGGCAGGCAAUCUCAAGACACACGUUCAUUCACACCAGGAAGAUACCUCACAAAAGUGAUGUGUGUGGCAAAUCAUUCUUAGAUCAGCUGAUCUCAAGAUACAUGCAUUAGGACACAUUGGAAGGGGACCUCACAAAUGUGAUACCUGUGACAAAAGUUUCACUCAGUUGGGCACUCUCAAGAUGCAUCAGAAAGAAACUACAAGUAAGUGUUAGCUUUUUGUAAAUAGGUUUUCCUGGUUGAUGCCCUCAAGGCGUGUAAAAUAAUGGAUGUAGCAAGGGGAGAAUAAAUUGUAAUGCCCGUGAAAUAACAUACAAAUGUGGUAUAAUUGUGAAACAAUGUGUACUAUAGAGUGGUAACAGAUAAUGUGACAAUAUAAAAAUCCAUAUCUGCUGCUUGAGAUGUCAAGAAAUUGUAUUACUAAAUACUCGAGAAACAUGACUCAAAUGUGUUUUUGUCAAUAACACUGCUGUUUUUUUCCUAUAGCUCUUGAGACAAGAAAAUUGUGUAUUGUGAUGAAUCUCUAUGUUUGUCAGUAAUCAUAAGUACCACGCAAUAUUCAGUA